GCCAUCUUGCCGUCCCCAUGGAAACGCGGCCUAGCGGAGAUGCCGAAGCCUUUCCAAAAACCCCUCAGACCAUGGCGGAGAUCGUGUGGAACGAGGACCCAGGCGGGGCAGUAUAUCGUUCCCGGGACCCCAUCAGCAACUUGCGCGUCAGGUCGGUACAUUCUCGCCCCGUCUCUGCCCCACUUCGUCAUUUUAUCCCCCUCUCCCCCCAAAAAAACCCUCGCCCCUCCCCUUCCUCUGUCCAGCUAAAAUAACCCCCCACCCCCAUCUAUGAAUCAGUAUCACCCACAGUGAUCAAUCAGUAUCACCUGUCAAUCAGUUACUCAGACAAUCAAAGCAAAUCCAUAAUCCUCGAUACCCAUGGGGGGGGGGGGAGAACAACACUCCCAUCACUCCACUUGCAGAUCUUCCUGCCUCAAAGAGUCUUCUGCAAGCUUGAAAAGUAGCAAACUCAUUAGGAGAAAAGCUUCCCGUAGUUUGAAGGGUUUUUAAAAUAUAUAUAUAUAUCUGUGGCCUCUUUUCUUUGGGGCAGGAUCUGCUUUGAUUGGUGUGGUUGUUUUUUAAGUUUCUAUUAAUUUAUUGCCAUUGCUCCCAGUAUUUAUCUGUUUUUUUAUAUACCGCUUCAUUAAAAAAAGAGGAAGCCUCAAAGCAUUUAUGUGUUUGUUGAUUCCUGCAUUUUGCCAGGGACUAGAUGAUUCUCUCAUGACUCUUAAAUUGCUUUGAGUAAUUUUUAUGAGGAAAGUGACUUAUUAUUUAUAGGAAGAAUAAGGAACAAUGAUAAGAAACAAUAGGAAACAUGGGCACAAGAGAAGCUGCCUUAUACCGAGUCAGACCAAUGGCCCAUCUAGCCCACUAGUGUCAACCCUGACUGGCAGCAGCUCUCUGAGGUUUUCAGGCUGAGAGGAUUUCCUAGCUAUAUCUGGAUAUGCUGUUGGGGAUUGAACCUGGGACACAAAAAACCCUUCCCAUUAAGAUUAAGAGUCCAGCCCUCAAGAGUCUGAAAUAAGGGGCCUAUUUUUGCCUUAUACCAAGCCAGACCAAUAGUCCAUGUAGCUCAGUAGGGUCUACACUGACUGGCAGCAGUGGCUCUGCAGUUGACACCAUGCUUAGGGCUUACACUCUGCACCAUGAUUUUCAGCCUUCCCAAACCCUUUUCUGUACUCUUCUCAUGCUCCAGAUAUUGCUUUCUGCCUCUACAGAGUUCAGAUCCAGCGUGUGACCUCCACCAGCCUCCUGCUGCAGCAGUUGCACCUUCCUUUCAGCCAGUCGGGACAGCAGCUCAUCAGCUUGGCCAACCUCGGCACCCACAACACAGCAAGUGAGUGGGCUACUGUUUCUUCAGGCUGCUCAGCUGAUGGACCUUCACCGCAAUGUCUCAUGCUGUCGCGUUGCUUUUCUGGCUAAGUGUAGACAUUCAGCUCUCUUACCUUUUGUACUGCGGUUCAAGUUGGCUUAUUUUUAUGCAGCACUCGCACCUUGUCUGACUGUCCUCUGCAAGGCAGUCAGAAUUGCUGUGUCAGUUCAGAUGCUCUAGAUGACAAGAGACCAAAGCAAAGGAUUCUGGGAGUUAGGUCAAGCACGUUGAGCAGCUGUGUCAGCAACUAUGUGCGCUCCAUGUGGGGUUUCCCUUGUGCUUGAUUUGGAAGCUGCAGUUAGUGUGUAAUGCUGCAGCUCGAUUGCUGAUAGGAGUGAGGUCUUGUUGGCCUAGAGCAGCUGUGCCUAGAGAUCGGCAUUGGUUGCCAUUCUGCUACUGGUCUAAGUUCAAGGUGUUACUGUUCGUAUAUAAAACCCUGAACCUGUUUACCUACAAGAUCGCAUUACGUCAUAUAUGCCCACCCAACUGCUUCAAUCUAUGGAACUGGCAUUCUUACGGGUGCCACACAACACCCGUUCCACAUUUGUAAGAAAUCAAUCUUUUUGUGUGGCAGAGUCUGUACCCAACUGUCCCCUGUCCUUCUGUGUUCCAGGUAACCAUUGUCCUGAUGAGGAGAAAGAGGAGGCUGUGAUCGGCUGGCAAGAGAAACUCUUCAGUCAGGUGAACAGACGGGGGAGUCUUCCAGGUGGCAAAGAGUUGCAUCUCUGCAUUGCAGAGAUUAGACUAGACGACGCUUUGGGUCCCUUCCAACUCUACAGCUGAAUGAUACUUUAGGACAUCUCAGAGUCCCUUGGAAUUCUCAUUUCAUUUAUCCUCGCAACCGAGACACCUGAUAAAAAUUUAUGCCUUGUCCAAGCAUUUCUUGGUUCUUAAUGUUUCAUUUUACUAUUUCAUUUUUCAUAUUGUUUCUGAAUUUUUAUUGACAGUGUGCAUUUUCAUUUUAUUUGUGCCCUAAUCAGUUGAGAUUUUUUUUUUAAAAAAGGAUAAUUUUGGGGUGCGGGUGGGUCUGCUCUCAACGAUGCACUACCGCUUGAGUUUUUUUCUGUGCUUUCCCCAGUUUGAGGUCGAUCUCUAUCAGAACAAGUCUGCCUGCCAAAGCCCUCUUGACCAGCAGUACCACCAGGACGUGCUGAAGCUAGAAGAGUCUGGGGGUCGGAAGAACCGUCGGAUCUUCACCUACACAGACCAUGACCGCUUCACCAACCUGGAGGAGGUACCCUCCCAGGAGGGUGGAGAUGGGAUGGAAUAACCCUUGCCAUGGAGUAUAGAUUCCUCUUGGGUGUCCUGGGUGGUGGGAGGGAAAGAACUGUCCACCUCCCGCAAAUGGGAAGCAAUGGGCCAGGGAAUCUAGUUUAUAACCCACAUUCAGCUUCAUUGGAUGUCCCCAAAUUCUAGCGUUACGAGAGAGGGAGGUAUCUGGUUGGCCUCUGUGAGAACAGGAUGCCAGACUGGAUGGGCCCCCUUUGGCCAGAUCCAACUACAGAGCUCUCUUGAUGUUCUUAAAAGUGACUGGCUGCCUUCCUGUGUUCCAGCACAGCCAGAGGGUCACCACAUCUGUCACGGAAGUCCCUUCGUACCUGGCAGAGCGGAUGGCAAAUGUGAGGAGGAGGAGGCAGGAGCGGAGGCCGAGGUGAGUCGGGUCAGCCAUGCCUCUGGGUCUGGUGGGCCCUGAUCCUGGAUCCAUCACGGUGCGUUCAGACUAAAGCAGAAGGGGGCCUGCUUCCUUGUGGGUAAGCGUCUCCUGUUUGCCUCUCGGCAGGGAAGGGAGCAUCCUGAAAACCCGACUUGUCACCUGGGAACCCUCGGAAGAAUUCAUCAAGAACAACCACGUCAUCAACACCCCUGUGCAGACCAUGUACAUUAUGGGGGAUUUGGGACCUCAUGGCAAGUAAGUUGGUGCUUGUGGGUUGGAGCCCUCUUGGCCCCAUCUCUCACUGUUGGGUCUGGUUUGGAGCUCAGCACUAAACCAGCAGCUCACCUUGGUGUGGGCCAUAGAUCUCAGGGCAGUUCAGAACAUAAAAAUACAAAAUAAAAGCACAACAUACAUACUAAAAACAAGAAUAAACCAACAACACACAAACCAAUACACUCCCUUUCCCCACCAAUAUUAGAAGUGCUAAUCUAUUGUCCAGGGCUCGGGUUCCACAGUUCCAAAAAGGGGCUACUUCAUGUCACACCAUCCUUGCUGCACCAUAGCGCCCUGUGCUGCCAGGCUCUGCUUUUCACCCUGACCUCUUCCCCGCAGACUCGGUUGCCGGGAGCAUGAGCACGUCCUCUGUACAAUCCAGGUGGACAGCAACGGAGUCAUCACCGUCAAGCCAGACUUCACAGACACAAAAGGGCCUUACAGGUGAGCAGUACAGGCCUGUCAAUCAGUCAACUGGAUGUUUGUUAUAGUCCCCCAACCAUCAUACUAUAAAAUAUAAAGAAAUACAAAAUCUGAUGUUAUUCUGAAAAAUGAUCAAGAAAUAGUAUUUAACCUUAUAACUGUUGCAAAGAUCACAAUAGCUAAAAACGGGGGGUGGGGGGGAAGCAUAUCUCCUACUAUAUCCCAAUGGAUUUGGAAAAUUUGGUCUAUAGUAACUAUGACUAAGCUAGUUUAUUACAAAAGAAUACGUAUAAACCAACCUAAGAUUUUUUGGUGAAAUGAAUAUUUUUAUAAUGUUUUGGAACAGUAAGUUUGAUGAUGAUGUUCAAACUUAUGCCGUUUUGAGCAUUAUGAGUGUUUCUUUACACUUUUUUCCUUUGGUCUGUGUUAAUUGCUACUAGUAGUAAUAUUUAAAAAAACAAACAAAAUCACAGCCUUGGAAGAUGGAAUUAUAUGAUUCAUUGGCGGUUUUAAAAGAGAGGUUGGAUGGGCACCUGUCAGGGUUUCUUUCGCUAUGAUUCCUGUAUUGCAGAGGGUUGGACUAAAUUACCCUUAGAAGUCCCUUCCAAUUGUAUGAUUUUAAGACUCAUAGCCGAACCCCGACCUCUCUACCUUCUUGGUCUUUGCAGGGGCAGGGAGUAAAGGGGGGAGGGGCGGUUACUCCGGGUCUUCUCUGAGCUUUGCUUGCCUUGUUUUUGGGGACCCGUAAAGGAUCGAGCUGGAAGGGGAGAAGCGGGAAAUAUGGAAGUUCACCCUGGAAAAUGCCUCAGCCCCUGUCAAGCCAGAGGAGCAAGAACGAGAGCAGCGCGUCUUCAAGGAUGUAAGCACCACCUUUGGCUCCGGGUGGCGGGGGGUGGGGAGCAUUGGCAUAGGUCAGCUUUCCCCAACCUGCUGCCGCCUCCUACUUUGUUGGCGACAACCCCACAUAAAUAAAAGAUGGCGAUUGACCCUGUGGCCUCAACAGAAUCCACCCACUAUUACCCCAAGGAAGUGUUUCCAUGCUAUUUAAGUUCCUGACUCCCCUUGUUAGAGUCCCAGAACGAAGGUAGGGUGGGGUUGGAAGCCCCCCCACACACACUGUCCAGGUUUCCUCACCCUCCUUUCUCACUUCAUGCUUCUUUCUUUAGUUGUACAGCCGGCAUAAGGAGUACCUCAGUGGACUUGUGGGCUCUGACUUUGAGAUGGUGAGUGACUUUCACUUGCCCUGGUGGGUCAGUCGUCUGGUCCUGUUUCCAGAGGGGCUAUGAAAUGCAUUGCUGCAAGCAAGCUUUGGGAAUUAAGCCCUCCUUUCAGUGUGCUCUCUCUCUUUCCCCUCCCUCCCUUUCAGACCCUCCCUGGUGCUCUCCGACUCUUCGUUAAUGGUGAAAUUGGUAAGGCUUUCGCUUCUCCAUGUUCAGAGGUGUUCCCCAGGGGUGGAGUGGGGAGGAUCCCUCCUCAUGGGCCAAGGGGGAUGGUGGGCUGCCCCUGAAUAUGCUCUUCCUUCCCUUGCGCCCACCGCUCAGUAUAGACAAUGUUCCCCCUAUGGGUGUGAUUCCUGCAUUGCAAGGCAUUUGACUAGAGUUGGUCACUUCCAACUCUGCAGUUCUAUGAUUCCAUCCCCUGUGUGUGCCCUGUAAAUCUGGAGAUUCCACCAAACCUCCAGAACAGACUUUGGGAUAGCACAGAGUGGGGGUGGGAAAUUCCUGUUACACUAGCAGAAAUCUUUCAUAUGCUUCCAAAGCACAGUGCAAGCAACAGGCCAAGAAUCAGACUAGACGUUCACAUUUGCAUGUAUGUAACUUUGUAGAAAAUAUUGAACAAGAAAACAUUAACCUUCACCACCACAUAGUUCAGAAAAGAGGAAUACAGUGAUAUUUAUACAGUGGUACCUCGGGUUACAGAUGCUUCAGGUUUAAGACGCUUCAGGUUACAGACUCCACUAACCCAGAAAUAGUACCUCAGGUUAAGGAUGAGAACAGAAACUGCGCAGCAGCGGUGCGGUGGCAGCGGGAGGCCCCAUUAGCUAAAGUGGUGCUUCAGGUUAAGAACAGUUUCAGGUUAAGAACAGACCUCCAGAACGAAUUAAGUUCUUAACCCGAGGUACCACUGUACUUCAAACUCAAACAAUGCAUCGACUAUUCAGCUUAGUUACAUUUUCACGUGGCACAGCAACACAGCGUACCUAAUGGCCUCUUGCCACCACUUGUUAAGCAUUUCCCCACUUUUACCGUCUUGCUUAGCUACAUAAUUUGCUCAGUGCAUGGUUAGCUUUCCCACAAUCCUUCUCAACAUACAUUGGUUCUUUAUUUUCCCCCCAUAACACCUUCCUAGAUAAUUCCACUGCCUCCCAGUGGGCGGUACUGACCACUUUAACAACCGCUGGUCUAAGGGGCAUUUGCACGCCUGUGCUGUAGCCCUCUGGCUGAGACACCAUUGACUGCCAACCAGAAACAGCCUCCUCCUCUGUGCUAGGGAGAGACACGCUGCUCAGCACCCCACAGCAUGGCUCUUGGGGGUGGGGGGUGGGGAGCUUGGCAAUUAAGAGUUAGGAUCCCUGGCUUGGGAGGAAGCCACAAUCUGUCACCACCUUUCCUUCAGUUUCAGCUCAGGGCUAUGAGUACAACAACCUCUACAUUCACUUCUUCCUGGAGCUGCCCAGCUGUGAGUAAACAGGAAGUGGUUGUGGGAUGGGAGGAAGUGGGGUGGCAUCAUCCAUGGCAUGGGCCACAGCUGCCCCACCAGAGACAGCUGAAAGCUGAGUGGGGGCCUGGACCCCCAGCCUUUGAGAGUACGGGGGCACUGUUACAGGCUGCCCGAAGCCUGUCUGCCUCUCUCUACUGACCCUAACUUCUGCUGUUUUGUCUGGCCUUCCUCAAAUCUGGUGCCACAUUCCACACAGAUGCAUGACACCUUUUUGGGGGGGGGGGUUCUUACCCUUGUACCGGAGACUAUGCAAACCACACCCACAUUUGCCAUCCGGAUAUGCAAGAGGCAUUGUCAGGAUACACAGAUUCCUCUUUUUUUUAAAAAAAAAUAAUAUUUAUUACUUUCCAACAAUUUAAACAUUACAUAGAAAAAAAAUAGACAAUACAAUACAAUACAAAAACAAUACCUAAAACUAAAUUAACAAAAACAAUUUAAACUAAAAAAACAAAACAGAAACAAUUUAAAACACAUCAAGUAGUUUCAAUAUCUUAUCUUUCAUUCACUUAUUUCCAUGGCCUCCUCACACCUCCCUUUUUGUAUUCCACUUCUAUUAGUUGUUUCAGCAAUUCCUUUCCAUCUUCCUCUGUUUUCUAUCCUAUAAUUGUCUUAACACAUUUUAACCUUAUUUUCCCUUUAAUUCUCUGUUAAUCUAUUUAUACUUAAUUCCUUAUGACAUUUCUACUAAAGCCAUAUAACUUCAUUCCAACAUUUUUCUAACAUUCAUUAAUUUUACAAUAUUUCUGUAGAUAGUCUUUAAACUUUUUCCAAUCUUCUUCCACCGACUCUUCUCCCUGGUCUCGGAUUCUGCCAGUCAUUUCCGCCAAUUCCAUAUAAUCCAUCAACUUCAUCUGCCAUUCUUCCCGGGUGGGUAAAUCUUGAGUCUUCCAAUACUUCGCGAUGAGUAUUCUUGCUGCUGUAGUUGCAUACAUAAAAAAAAUUCUAUCCUUCUUUGGCACCAAUUGGCCGACCAUUCCCAGGAGAAAGGCCUCUGGUUUCUUCAAGAAGGUAUAUUUAAAUACCUUUUUCAUUUCAUUAUAAAUCAUCUCCCAGAAUGUCUUAAUCCUUGGGCAUGUCCCUUUUGGCUAAGGAUCAAGUGUAAUCCUUUUGGCUAAGAUCAAGUGUAGUAUCAGGGUACACAGAUUCCAGCCAGGCAAAAUGUUCCAGGAGUCAGCAAAGCAGUGCUAUUGAAAUCCAGGGCUCCCUGGGUCUGAGACUCCCCACCCUGACCUAAAGAGAGAAUGUGUGUUUGUGCAUUUCUAAUGUGCUGUGCCCAAGAGCUCAUUGUGCAGCUGUUCUGGAGUGGAGCUGUUUUUUGCAGCGCUGACCCUCUUCCUUCCUUCUAGGCUGGUCAUGCCCCCCAUCCCAGCAGCUCUCUGGCGUGACACAGACCUGUGCUGCCAAGACCCUCGGCAGGGUAAGUGAAUGGGGCACAGCUGGGGGGGCUGAGACAAUCCUGGCCAGGCUUUCCCAUCUGGUCCUACCCCAGAGACAUCCUUUUUUCAACUCUCUGGAGUAAGCGGCCCUGCAAGACUUCAGGGAACGCAGUACUUUCUGGGGAAUUUGGUUUCCUGAGAAUCCUGGUGUCUUGAAACUAAGGGUUGUAGACCCAUUGAAAUCAGUGGACCCAAGUUGGGCAUGCCCAUCAUUUCCCAUGGGUUUACUCUGAGUAGGACUUGCAGUGGAGAUGGUGCUAAGUUUCUAGCCCUUGAUGCUGGAGAGAAAAGCACCAUUGCUUUGAGCCCCAGGUUCUCAGUCAGGUUUCAUAUUUUUACAUGAAUAAGAGUGUGAGAAGAAGAGGGGUCGAUCAGGCCCAUGGGGGCCCAACCUGUCCAGUCUCCUGUCCUCACAGUGACCAGCCAUAUUCCCCAAAGGGAGUGCAACAGCAAUUCUCCUGUAAGGGAGAAAUGUGAUCCUGUGUGAUUCCCCACUUGUGAUUCCCAGCACCUUGCAUUCAGAGGCAUCCUGCUGCCGCAGGAGGCAGUGAUGGCUACCAACCUAAGUGGCUUUGAAAGGAUUAGGCAGAUUCAUGGAGGAGAGGACUAUCAAUGGCUACUAACCAUGACUGCUGUGCUCUGCCUCCAGAGUCAAAGGUAGCAAUGCUUCUGAAUAUCAGUGGCUUGAAACCACAGGAGGGGGGAGAGAGGACUCCUGUGCUCAAAUCCUGCUUGUGGAUUUCCCACUGGAGCAUCCUGUUGGCCACAAGAGAAGACAGCUACUUUGGGCUAAAAAAGAACAAAGUCAGAAAGAAGAAGAAACAAGAAAGGGAGAAACCUUAAUAAAUAGAAAGAGAAAAACAACAGAAAAAUAGAAAAGAGGAAAAGGACUUCCGGCUUUCUGUCCUGCAGCUAUGUAUUAUAUUCAUCCCUUAAAACCCAACCAUUCUAGCUUCUAUAAACCAGGUUUUUUUUCAAUCUUCAAACCCGCUAUUACAAAUUCAUUUUCUCUUUCACGCAAAAAGUCCAUAAGAAAUUUCCAUUCCUUAACAAACGUUAGUCAUGAUUUUUCUCUAAUUAAACAUGUUAACUUUGCCAUCUCAGCCAGAUCCAAUAAUUUUAUCAGCCAUCCUUCUAUCGUGGGUAUCUUUCCAUAUUUGUGCAUGUAGCAGUCUCACCACUGGCUGUAGUGGUCCUUUUUCAAAAGCCUCUUCUGACAUUCUUUCAUUUCACUGCAGAAUGUAGACAAGUCCCUUGACCCUCUUUCAGGUGUAUCCGUCUAAGAACCAACACCCAUUCCACACACACCUCAUCACAUAUUCUUGUUUCCUUGCUGCCUUCCACAAGAGGUGAGUUUCCCUUCUCUCUUUCCAGGAGCAGGUGGCCUUUUUCUCCUUCCCUUUCACCCUGGAGGUCUUCUUCUCCCAGGAAGACGAGUUGGAAGGUGAGUCGUUCCCUCGCAUGCCAGCUCCGUGGUGCUGCCAAGCAGCGUCCAGAGGCGAGAGAUGGAGGAGAGGUGGUGCCCCUCAAGUCCUUCUCAUGGCGAAAGCCCUCUUGGAAGGAAUGGGAGCACAGUUUCAGCUGGCCUUGUGCAGAAGGGCUUCUCAGCUGUUGACACAUGUGCCAAGUAGUGAGGGUGGGGGUUGCUGUUGACACCAGAAUGCCUCCCCACUUUGCACAUUUGAGGGUGGGUGUUACCAUUGACUCCUGGAGGACAUCUGCCCUUCAGCACCUGAGCACCAGCUCAGUAGUCAGGAACAUCACUUGGAACAGAAAUCGCAGAAUCAUCUGCAUUUCAAUAUAUUUACUGUUUUAUAUUGUUUUAGUUUUAUUAAUGUUUCGUUACUUUUAACCGAUUGUCAUUUUUCAGCCUUUUGCAUUUAUUCUAAUUUGUGUAAGCUGCCAUGAGUUCCUGUGGGGAGGUGGGAUAGCGACAAUUCCUGCUUUGCAAGGGUUUGCAAGAUGAUCCUUGGGUGUCAUUUCCAACACAACAAUUCUAUGAAAGGAGGAGGAGGAGGAGUGGGUGGUCGGUGUCAUCAUACUCCUUGCCCCCCUUCUCCCACAGGCCCCCUCCCCCAGUGGCCUGUCCUCUACUUUGAGGUCCUCUCCUUGGACUACUGGCAAAGGUAUCGCGUUGAAGGAUACGGGUUUGUGGUCCUGCCAGAUGUGCCAGGUAAGAAGGCACGGGGGGGUGAAGUGAGGGGCCUCCCAACGAGCUGGUUUUGAUGCCAGCUGUUUGCCAUGCUCCCAACUGAAGCCAAGCUGGGGCAGAUGGGAGUUGGGGAUCUAAAACAACUGGAGCAGUGGUUCCCAAACUUUUUCAGGCCACAGCCCCCAUGGUCCAGUAAGCUCAUCCCCAGGGCCCCCUACCCUAUUUAGAAAAGCAAUUUACAUCACCCGCUAAAGAAGAUAAUAACACAAUAAGAUUCAAAACAGAAGCAAUUCAUUGCACAUUUAUUCGGCAUCCAAUUGAAACUCUAUAGUUUAUUUAGUUUAACAAAACUGAUGAACUUGAUCCAGUGAUAUCAGCUUUUCAAAAUCUGACUAAUUUAUACCUCUCGCAUUCCCCUGCCACUCCCUUGCCUCUUAGCGCUGCCCCCCCCAGUAAUCCCACCUCCCCAGUGGGUGGUACUAUCCCCUUUGGGAACAAAUGAUCUGGAGGGCAUCAGAUUGUUCAAAGGCUGGCUUGAAGAAACCCAAGAGAGCUUCUGCCAGUCAGAGCAGGCGGUCCUGGGCAAAGCUGCCAUUUUGCCUAACUUUGGUACCAGUUGGCUUCAGUUGCCCAUUGUCUUUGUGCGUGACUCAAUUGCUCCCAUUUCUAUCCCACCUUUCCUCCAAGGAGCUUCAGGUGGCAUACAUUGUUUUCCUCCCAAGUGAGAGAAGCAGUGCCUGGCCCGAGAUCCCCCAGUGGGUUAUAUAUUGCUGAGCUGGAAUUUAAACCCUGGUCUCUUCCAUAUCGUAGCCCAGCACUCUUUAACUGCAGCAUCGCAGUAGUGGCAUGUGGCUGGGCUCCAUGCCCUAGUUCCUAGUGGCAAUGCUCUCAGUGGUUGGUACUGCACAUGUCUGCAUGUGUGUGUUUGCUGACUGUCCCAUGCCCUUUUGAGGGACCGAAUAACCUCUUGACCACUCCCAAAUCUGCUGGCGCAGGGGCUCACACCAUUACAGCAUCCACUUGGCGUCCCAUGGAGCUGGGAACCUUCUCGGAACUGCAGAGGUUUUUCAUUGGGGGGUCGCCAGAGCUGGAGGACAUGACCUAUGCCAGAGUGCCUGGCACCUUUACGGUGAGUACACGCACUUGGAAAGAAGUCGGUAUGUCUCCCCACCAACACAAUAUAGCAUUUCCUACUAGCCAUGAUAGGGACGUGGGUGCCACUGUGGGUUAAACCACAGAGCCUAGGACUUGCCAAUAAGAAGGUCGGCGGUUCGAAUCCCCGCGAUGGGGUGAGCUCCCGUUGCUCGGUCCCUGCUCCUGCCAACCUAGCACUUCGAAAGCACAUCAUAGUGCAAGUAGAUAAAUAGGUACCACUCCGGCAGGAAGGUAAACAGCGUUUCCAUGUGCUGCUCUGGUUCGCCAGAAGCGGCUUAGUCAUGCUGGCCACAUGACCCGGAAGUUGUACGCUGGCUCCCUCGGCCAGUAAAGCGAGAUGAGCGCCACAACCCCAGAGUCGGCCACGACUGGACCUAAUGAUCAGGGGUCCCUUUACCUUUACUAGCCAUGAUGACAGUGUUCAUGAGAAUAUAAGAAGAGCCUGUCGAAUCAGGCAAAUGUGGGCCCUUCUAGUCCAGCAUCCUCUUCCCAUAGUGACCACCCAGAUGCCUCAAUGGGGAGCUCACAUGCAGGACCAGAGCACAGCAGCAGCCUUACCCAGCUGCUGACUGCUAGGCUCUUUGUAUGCUCCUGUGUCAUUGCCUGGGGGCAUCCCACUUCGGGGUUGGCUGGAUCCUUGAGGAAGGCAUGAAGAGGAGGGCUCCUGGGUGGGGGGUUGGGACAGAGGGGCUACCAAGACUUGCCCUGACCUGGGGCUCAUUCUCCCUGCAGGGUGAGCGCCUGAGCCGGUUCGGCUUCCGCACCGAGACAACAGGAAGCGUCACCUUCCGGCUGAACUGCCUGCAACAGUCCAAGUAAGCCACCGGUGUGGGUGCUGCCCCACAUUCUUUAGGUAUUUCAUAGAAUUAGAGAAUUAUAGAGCUGGGAGGGACCCCCAAGGGUUAUCCAGCUCCACCCUCUGCAAUGCAGAACUCACAGCUUGAGAAUUCCUGUUCAAAAACCUCAUGUGAAGGUCCACAACCUUCUGAGGUUGUCCGUUCCACUGUUGAACAGCUCUCAAAGUCAGAAAGUUCUCCCUGAUGCUUGUUUAGUUAUUGCACUUCUAUCCUAGUCUUUUUCUCUGAGGAGCUCAAGGUGGCAUACAUGGUUCUCCUCCACUUCCUCAUUUAAUCCCCCACAAUAACCCUGUGGGGUAGGUUAGGCUGAGGGAGGUAGCAAUUGGCCCAAGGUCACCCAGUGAGCUUCCUGGCUGAGUGGGGAUUGGAACCCUGGUCUCUCCCAGACCAUAUUCCAACCCUCUAACUCCUACAGCGCCCUCUGGGCCUCUCUGCCGGGCCCUGCUGGAUCAGACCAAGGUGAGGCCAUUCUGCCCACCACGGUGGAGCCCUCUCCAUCCAAUCUGUGGGCUGCCUAUCAGGCAAAGAACAAGAUAGAGCCUGUGUACAAAAGCUGCCCAGGCAGGCAAUUGGCUCUUACUUCAGCACUUAUGACUGCACAGCUUCAGGAGGGUUGGAGGUUGGCAUUUAGAGCCAGUGUGGUGUAGCAGUUAGAGUGUCAGACUAGGACCAAGGAGACCAGGGUUCGAAUCCCCACUUGGCCAUGAAGCUCACUAAGUGACUGUGGGAGCCGGUCAUUGCCCCUCAGCCUAACCUACCUUGCAAGGUUGUUGUGAGGAUAAAGCUCCUUGUAGGAAAUGUAGGAUGCUGCUGCUGCUAAUGUAGGAUGCUGCUGCUGCUGUUCUGCUGCUGCUGCUGAUAAUAAUAAUAAAAUAAAAGAAUUUAGGCACGCAGAACCAACCACAUGCCACCCACAACUCUUCCUCUUGGCACUCAUCUCCGUUGGCAUUCACCCCCUCACAUCCUGCUCCAAGGCAGUUAUGGUACCUCCCUUCUUAGGAACUUUCAAGAUACACAAGGUGUUGGGUGGGGUGGGCAUACUUGUUCUGACCCUCCUCUUCCACCAGAGCCUUCCUGGACUCCAGCUCCAUGAGGAAGCGCAUGCAGAGCGUCCUGGACCGGCUGGGCACCUUCGGCCAGCAAGGCUCUCUCUACAAUGUCCUGGGUGAGGAGGGAGAGCCGGCGGGAUGGGGGGGGGAGGUGUUGGGGUGUUCCUUUGCUCCAGGGUGGGGGGGAACCCCAGUCCAGUUUCCAUGAUAAAUAACCCUAUUUAUAGAAUCAUGGAGUUGGAAGGUACCCAAGGGGCAUCUCGUCCAACCCCCUGCCACUCAGCUGUGGCUCUUUCCUUCUCAGGCGGGUAAUGUGCUUUUGAAGCCCUGAGGCUGCAGUCCUCUACAUGCUUCCCUGGAAGUAAGUCCCAUUGAACUCAGUUGGGAUUUCUUCUGAGGACAGAGAAAGAGCGAGAGCGGCGAUUGCACUUCCUAAUGUAUCUUCAAAUGAUUAACUUAAAAAUACCCCAAAGUAAUAGAAUAUAUGGCUAUCCUUUUUUUACUCGGGUUCUUUUAUUUUUUGAUGGCACCAUUUGAAUUUCCUUGGCAUGGAAUGAUGGGUCACAAAGUGUAGAGCCUGCCUAGUCUAGAGUUGCAGGCAGAGAAGGUGCUGUGGGGGCAAGCCAGCUGCCCAGACUGAACACGCUCCUUCUCUGCUUUCCAUCUUCUCAAUUUUGCAGAGGCUUUCCAGAGGGCCCGGCACCGGAUGCAGGAGGCCCGAGAGAGCCUCCCCCAGGACCUGAUCCACACUUCCGCCUCCAACCUCCAGCUGUGAGGAGAGAAGUCUUGGAUGAUCCCUAAUGGCAGUCCUGGCUCCUCCCACUCCCUUGUGGAAGGAGGAGUCUGUGAGAAGCCCCGCCCCACCUCGCCACUGGGCUUUCUUUGCAUUGAGUGAAUCCUGAGCCCAGGCAGUGGCAGCAGGGGUCGGCUCUGCUUGUCUGGAGGGCAUGUCCUGUGGUUUCCUUGCACUCUAGCCCUGAAUCCCUCCUUCAGGCAUCCACGAAAUGCAUCCAAGAAAAGCCACAUCUUCUCAUCCAGCAAUCACCAGCAGGACGUCUCCACCCCUCCAUUUAACUCGCAGGAUGGGUGGGAAUUCUCAGGACAGGGCACACAGCGCCCCCCCCCCAAGCAGAGUUGUUUCAUCCAUGCCUUGAAGAUCAGAAUCGAACUCGGACGCAGCAGCAGCAUCAGAGGAAGCCCUGCUCACAGAAUGGUAGAGUUGGAAGGGACCCAGAGGGUCAUCUAGUCCAACCCGCUCAAAACCCGCCACCGUCAAGCCCAGCCGCAAAAACUUUGCAAGCCAAAAUUGACAGCUACGAAAGAAACAGACUCUGUCUAAGGAGCUGGCCAAGAUCAGGGUCCUUCUCCUCUUUGAGGGCGAUUUCUGCAAGGGGCAGAGAGAGCCACUCUUUUAGGCUCCAGUCUCCACACUUUGUGGCAGCGUCUCUGGUGGCCCUUCUUCAGAGCCCUGCAGAAAUCCCAGCCCUGAAGCAACCUCCUGUUAUUUGGAUUGCAUUUGGUCUGAUCAUAAACAAGGCCAGUUUUAGUGUUAAGGGUGAGGGGAAAUAUAUUUUAUUCUCUUCCAGUUUCCAGCCUGUGUAUAUAAUAUUUUGUUAAUAUUAUUGUUCUGAAUGUCUGGGGCAGGGGACAAUUGAAAGCAGGCCUCCCCCAACCUGGCGCCCUCCAGGGGUCACUGGACUCUUAACUCCCAUCAGCUCCAGCCAGGUGGUUGGACAUCACUGGGAGUAUCACCAUCACAGCAGGGGCUGAUGGGAGUUGGAGUCCAAAGCAUCCAGAGAGCCACCAGGUUGGUAGUGAAGCUGCUUUAAAGGAAUGGUGGCAAUGCAAUAAUAUUUUAUAUUGUAGCAGAACUGUAUGCAGAAGUGGUUUCUCUGUUUUCUAAUGACAAAAGAACAGAUUAAACUGCACUAAGGUACUGAAACCCAGAUUAUUUCAAUAAAACCAUCUCCCUUCCAUUUGGACAUUUUUGCUGGUCUGCCAUCCUGAUCCUCUUUGCUAUCC